UGAUUGUGUAACAAAGACAGAAAAUAGCUAAAAAGAUAAAAGCAUGCAAAAAAGUAUAGUAUUUUAAAUUAAAAUGAGGUAGCAAAAGAAGAAAAUGUGAUAGAGCAUGCACAAUCAAGUAUGAACUCAAUAAAUAAUAGAGUAGCACUCCUGUUUAGACAUUUCAGUCCAUUUAUCUAGAACAUGCUGACAAAGACUUUAAUUUUAUUUUACAAAUUAUUCUUCCUCUUUUCAUUAAUAUUGUUAUUAUUAUUGUUGUUGUUCUGACUCAACAUUAAUCCACAUGAAUCAUUGUUUUUCAGUCAGUUUUAAACGUAACAUAAUAACUUCUAUGUUGAAGUUGUAUGUAGUUAAGCCCACAUUAGUGUUUUGGGGGCCGAUUUAGUCUUUGACAGGAGACAGUAGAGACAGACAGGACAUGAGGACAGACAGAGAUGGGGAUAACAUGUAACUAAGGUACCUGGAACAUUUUCACGCUAAAAUGUUGAUUUAUUCCAAAAUAAUGUCAGCAAUAAAAAAUGGACAAUCUGUCCACAAAAGCUAAAGUAUGCAGAUGGUUCAUCACGUGGUCAUGUGAACCUCCUCAUCCAAAAUCAGAGGGCAGAGGGGCGUUCAGCAAGAAGUGGGGCAUCGAGCACAGAAGACAUCCUAAACUGAAACAACUGGUCCGUGUUCUGUGGCUGCACAUCAGCACGAUAUAUAUUUGCAUACGUCAGCAGAACUUGUUUUACUAUCUGAAACAUCAAAAAUCAUUUGAUUACAUAUUAUUAGCAGGUAAUGUAACAAAUGUUGAGGAACGACAAUAGAAGCUGAACAGAACAUUUUCUGAUCUGAUCUGAUUGGGGGUUUACAAUAGUUUUACUGCAUUUGUGUGAACUUGCACCUCACAGCUUUAGUGAUACCACUGAACAAUGUUAGGUAGAUAUUAAAAAACCUGCUCCCUUUUAAUAACCUGAUCUCUCCAACAACAGGUUUCACUCUGAAGAAUGGAGGAUUUCUACAUUAACAUCACCUCACAGUACAAAAGCUAUAAUCACAGCAACAUCACCUCCCACUAUGAUCAUUAUGAGUAUUACGAAAAAGUUUACUUCAUCACGCGUGUGGUGACAUGCAUAAUCAUUAGUAUCGGUCUUCCUUUGACCCUCGUGGCCAUCUGCGCUCUUUGUUCUCUGGUGCGAAACGAUCAUGUUGUUCCGAUCUACGUCAUCAACCUUCACGUUUCUGACCUCAUUCAGUUCUGCUGCAUGAUCGUUCAGGUGGCAGAAUGGAAAUCCAGAAACUAUUGGACAUCUUUAAUCUUCUAUUAUAUUUACAUCUAUUGUCUGAAUACCAGUGUUUACUUCAUGAUGUGUGUCGCCUUGGAAAGGUAUUUGGUCAUCGCCUGCCCACUGUGGUACCGCUGCAGACGAAGCAUCAAGACCUCUGUGGUGGUCUGUGUGGUGGUCUGGGUCCUUCCUCUUGUCUUUCUCCUCACUCUCUUUUUCUUGGAUAAAACUGAUGAAGUCUCAAAAAUCUCCUUCGCUGUUGUCCUCCUCCUUCCCCUCCCACUGUUCAUAUUCUUCCUGGGUGGGACCCUCAAAGCCCUGUCUGCUUCCAUCUCGGUCUCCUCUGACGAAAAACGACGAAUUGUGAGAACUUUGGUCCUGGUGCUGCUUAUUUACACGCUGCUGUUCCUGCCCGCCAUCAUUUGGUUACUGGCAAAGGGAGCAAGAAAUAACGAUAACUUCAGAAACCUGUAUGUCAUGUUUGAAAAGUUGAGUCCUCUUGCAGACUUAGUUCUGUAUGUUUUCUUGAGGAAAGGGACCACAGACCAGCUUUUGGCCUCUGUGUGCUGUUGCAGAAUGGACAGUAAUGAUGUCAGCAUAUCGACAGUAUGAAUGAUGACAACAUUUACAGUCAGCUUCAUGCAGGCAGAGAAAGAGGGAGAGAGAGGAAGGGGAGAAAACAGGAGGAGAAAUGUGGGAAAAUAGAAAGGAUGGAGACAGACGGAUUCUGCCAUCUACUGAUAUG